UGUGUGUUUCUGUUAAAUUUAGAGAGGUUAUCGUGUACUCUUCUCUCCCUUAGGCAGUGGAUCUCUACUCUACAGGGACUACAGAGGGAACCAUCAGAACUGUUUUAACUGAAAGGCAAAACACAGAUCUGAUCAGCACUAUGGAUAAACAACUUACCUUCUUAAUCUCUCUGCAGCUUUGGAUAAGUUUUUCUUUUUUUGUACCAGAAACACACUCAACAUUGCUAAAUAGCACACACUCCUCAGGACAGUCCGAGGGCAAUGUGACCACUGGAUGUGGGGGCAGUUUUACAUGUAAGCCUGGUGUUGUUUUUCCCAUAUGGGAGCCUACAGACCCACCUUUUGGAGACAUGCUGGCCCGUGCCACAAUUUAUUUUGUGGGUAUGUGCUAUAUGUUUCUGGGUGUCUCUAUAAUCGCAGAUCGCUUCAUGGCAUCAAUUGAAGUCAUCACCUCACAAGAAAAGGAGAUCACAUUCAAGAAACCCAAUGGUGAAAUCUGUACCACCACUGUGCGAAUCUGGAAUGAAACUGUUUCCAACCUGACUCUCAUGGCACUGGGAUCUUCCGCACCAGAGAUCAUGCUCUCUGUGGUUGAGGUGUGUGGACAUGGCUUUGAUGCUGGAGAGCUGGGCCCCAAUACAAUUGUGGGUAGUGCAGCCUUCAAUAUGUUUGUCAUAAUUGGGCUGUGUGUGUCCGUCAUCCCAGAUGGAGACCACCGCAAGGUCAAGCACCUGCGGGUGUUUUUCGUCACUGCAUUCUGGAGUAUCUUUGCUUACACAUGGCUGUACCUUAUCCUCGCUGUCAUCUCCCCAGGUGUGGUGCAAGUGUGGGAAGGUUUGCUUACACUCUUUUUCUUCCCUAUUUGUGUGCUCUUUGCAUGGGUGGCUGAUCGCAGACUCCUGUGUUACCAUUAUGUGCCCAAACGCUAUCGUCUGGGCAAACGGAAGGGCGUGAUCAUUGAGACAGAGGGUGAGGCAGAGCUCCAGUCAAAAGCAGACAUAGAGAUGGAUGGACAGAUGUUAAACUCACAUGCAGAGGAAUACUUGGAUGGGAUUAUGGGUGCUGAAGAGAAAGAGAUGGACGAAGAAGAUGUCCGGAUGGAAAUGGCUCGGAUCCUGAAAGAGCUGAAACAGAAACAUCCUGAAAAGGAGAUGGAGCAACUCAUUGAGCUUGCAAACUACCAGGUCCUCUGUCAGCAGCAAAAGAGUCGAGCUUUCUAUCGCUGUCAAGCCACUAGGCUUAUGACUGGGGCAGGAAAUAUCCUGAAGAAGCAUGCAGCUGACCAGGCUAGAAAAGCUAUUGGACACCAUGAGAUGCGCUCUGUGGUGUCUGACAGCGAUCUCUCAUCAAAGAUUUUCUUUGAUCCCAGCACAUAUCAGUGUUUAGAGAACUGUGGUAAAGUGGCUCUUAAUCUAGUCCGAAGAGGUGGUGACUUGACAAGUACUGUGUCAGUGGACUACUGCACUGAAGAUGGCACAGCCAAUGCUGGGUCUGACUACCAGUUCACUGAAGGUACAGUCAUCUUCAGGCCAGGUGAAACAGAAAAGGAGAUCCGAAUUGAUAUCAUUGAUGAUGACAUCUUUGAAGAAGAUGAGCAUUUUCUGGUUCACCUCAGUAAUGUGCGAGUGAUUUCAGCAAGCUCAGAAGCAAUCUCAUAUUCAGACAUCAACCAUACAGAGACAUUAGCCGGCCUUGGUCUGCCCUCAACAGCUACGGUCACAAUCUUUGAUGAUGACCAUGCUGGAAUCUUUACAUUUGAGGAGCCACUGGUUAAUGUUAGUGAAAGCAUUGGCAUGAUGGAGGUGAAAGUUGUUCGUACUUCAGGUGCCCGUGGGGUAGUGGUGGUGCCCUACAAAACUAUAGAGGGCACAGCUAAAGGGGGUGGUGAAGAUUUUGAAGAUACACACGGAGUGCUGGAGUUCCAGAAUGAUGAAAUUGUCAAAACUUUUCAAAUCAAUAUAAUCGACGAUGAGGAGUAUGAAAAGAACAAGAACCUUUUCAUCGAACUUGGAGAGCCACAGAUAGUGGAGAUGAGUGAGAGAAAAGCUGUGCUUCUACAUGAGUGUGGUGGAUUUGUGAAGACAGAUAAAAAGCUUUAUGGCAGGGACAUCUACCGGAAAGUGCAGGGCCGAGAUAACCACAUCCCCUCCACCAUUAUCAACAUAGCAGAGAAAAGGGAUGAGAUGGCCAUGUCCAAGAAAGAAGAAGAAGAGCGACGUAUUGCAGAACUCGGGCAGCCCAUGCUAGGAGAGCACGUGAAACUGGAAGUGAUCAUAGAGGAGUCCUAUGAAUUUAAGAGCACAGUAGAUAAACUGAUAAAGAAAACCAACCUGGCCCUUAUAGUUGGCACGAACAGCUGGAGAGAGCAGUUUGCAGAGGCAAUUACUGUCAACUCGGGGGAUGAUGAUGAUGAAGAUGACAAUGGUGCAGAAAGCAAACUCCCCUCGUGUUUUGACUAUGUCAUGCACUUCCUCACCAUCUUCUGGAAGCUUCUUUUUGCCUUUGUGCCGCCCACUGAUUACUGGAAUGGCUGGGCAUGCUUCGUUGUGUCCAUUGUCAUGAUCGGGGUCCUCACAGCUGUCAUUGGUGAUCUGGCCUCUCACUUUGGCUGUACCGUUGGCCUGAAAGAUUCGGUGACAGCAGUGGUUUUUGUUGCCCUAGGAACCUCUGUACCAGAUACAUUUGCCAGUAAAGUUGCUGCAGUACAGGAUCAGUAUGCAGAUGCCUCCAUUGGCAACGUCACUGGGAGCAAUGCUGUCAAUGUCUUCCUGGGCAUUGGUGUUGCAUGGUCCAUUGCUGCCAUUUACCAUACAGCAAACGGGAAAGCAUUCUAUGUGGAUCCUGGAACACUGGCAUUCUCUGUCACACUAUUCACCAUCUUUGCCUUCGUUGCCAUUGCUGUCCUCAUGUACAGACGUCGACCUGAAAUUGGGGGGGAGCUUGGAGGCCCACGAUUACCCAAGAUACUCACCACCACCCUCUUCUUUAGCCUGUGGCUUAUGUAUAUUAUUUUCUCCUCUCUAGAGGCCUAUUGCAUCAUUAAGGGUUUCUGAAGCAGUCCACUGCAGAGAAAGGGAUGACGAUUGGGAUGAUAAGGACACAGGACAACAAUGUAACAAUAUGAAAAAUAUUGCAUAAUCAAUAUAGUAAUAUUGAUAUUAAUAAUAGACCUACUUUUUGAUUUUGUUGUUGUUCACAUUUGAAAUAUUGUUUUACUUACUACUGAUGUUGUUUAUGAGAUUUUGAUGGGGGAUGUUCUCAAAAUAGUAGAAGUCGUGGUAAUAUGCUUAGAAUAGUAUUAUAGAGGGUGUCUAGUGUUUCGAAAAUAUGACAACUAUUAUUAUCCACAGAUCCAAUACAGUAUCUGGGUAGGGUCCAUCAACAAGGAGGCUUCAGUUUAGAUGACAUUUUGUAGUGAAUUUAAUAGCUUGCCAAAAAACAUUAAAAACAAAUUGGUUAUUGA